UUCGUCGUUUAAAACAUUCCCUUCCAAAACGACAUCUCUUAAAAUGUCGAAUGUUAAAGCCACAACCUUUGGUCUUUCCGAGAGAGAGAGAGAUGGAGGGAGGAGGGGCUGGUUGGAGUGGCGACGAAGCCAACACCACCAAGAAGGGAUUAGCGGGCACGGGCUUGGAAUUACCAGAGAAUCGCCAUGGAAACCUAAAAAGUGCUUCCAGCGACCAAAACCUCAAAGACCUUCUUCUCCAAAUCAAGUCCUGCAAAUCCCCAGCUGUUAUCAACUAUGGCGCAUCUUGGUGCCGUGUGUGUAGCCAAAUCCUUCCUGCAUUCUGCCAGCUGAGUAAUAGUUUUCCAAAGCUCUCUUUCGUCUAUGCAGACAUUGAUGAAUGCCCUGAAACUACUCAGCACAUUCGGUACACGCCGACCUUCCAUUUUUACCGAGAGGGUGAACGGGUGGAUGAGAUGUUUGGUGCUGGAGAAGAGCGGCUUCAUGAUCGGUUGUGGUUGCACUCCUGAACUGUUUGUUUCAAACAAUUAUUCAGCUGUGGUUGUGGGUAUAGUUUGCACCCAAAAUCUGUAUGGCUUUGUAUAAUUUGUACCCAAGCUAUUACUUAAGUUGUUGGAUUUCUUGCUAUGAGCCUACAAUCAUGCAAUUACUAGAUUUUGAUUGUUCACGAUGAGCUUCAACGUUGAGAUAUAAAAAGACAAUCAGAUAAAUUUCACAAAUUGGUCAAUCAAGUCCAAUGCCAGAACCCUCAACAAUCAAGCUAAUGGGAAAAGAAAGAAAAAUGGAAACAUGAAAAAUGACAGAAAGAUAAAAGACAACGCAACAAAUGCUACAGGCUCCUCCUAAAGUUUGCUACUAUCUCAACUUU